UACUUUCACGGUAUAUUGCUUAAAUUCUCAGGGAAUACCCAUAGUUUUAUAAACAACCCAUUGCGCAUGUUCAUCACAUGUGCCGGCGCAAAAAAAAAACAAAUUGCUAAGUAGCCAGCAAACACAAUAAUCAGCGUGAGGUACAUGGUACAUUGGCAUCUUUAGAGAAUGCAGUCAGACAGUCAAACUUUUCUCUUCGUGGUAUAUAAACAAAUUUGGAGAGCGGUGAAAAGCCGGAAAAGCACAAACGCAGACAAUUAAUUUCAGAAAAAAAUACAAACAAGCAGUUCAAGAAGAGUUAGCCUGGGAAGCAAAUCUAAAAUUAACAUAAUAAUUAAAAAAAGCGAGAAAAACAUAGAGCAAAAAUAUCUAGAUAUUGUCAAUGCACGCAACAUUCGUCAAGUGCACUUUCAGUUUGGUUUGUAAUUCUUAUUAAGUUGAAGAAAAGUGAAAAAAAACAAGAAUUAAGAAAUCAAAGCAACAAUAUUUGAUUAAAUAGCGCCAUAUAGAGCUGUUAUAAACCUAUUACAUUGUGCUGUGGUAAGAAAAAGCCGCCAAGACGCCGUACCAAACGAAAAUGGAGCGCAAAUUGCUAUACGCCUUUCGGGGCUGGAUAGCAUUUGUUGCUUUUAUGGAUUUAGGAACAGCAUUUCGUAGUUAUAUAGAGAGAAGAAGCUUCCUUGGUGAUCAUACGGAUACGCAAUUUAUUGAAGGCGAUUACACCAUAUCCCGCAUAAUUGGCAUGUAUUGCUUGCUUAAAGCGAUUGCGUUGGUUCAUUGCACGCUCUACAUUCACUACAGACCAGUUGUUAGCAUGGGCGGCUGCUCAUUGGCUUUAACCAUGGUUCUUUAUGCUUCCGAAGCUUUGUACUUUCGUUCGAGUACAUUGAACUUUUAUGUGAUAUUUCCCUGCGUUCUAAAUUCGAUUACUUUACUUGGGCUCAUUUACAUACCGAGACGUUUACGCCUAUGGGAGCCCAAUGUAGAUAUGGAUGAUGAAAACUCACAAUUACUGAAGCAAAUGACUGGUUUCAAACGACGUCGCACGAAAAAGCAAAUAUAAAAUUUUGAACAAUUCUAAAAUGCAUUGUACAUUAGAGUGAUAUUUUCAUGGAUACAAAUCAAUUGGCAUAACUUCAACGGAUCCCUUCCAAUCUUAUUUCUGAUUAGAAAAAGUUAAAGCAAUUGAGCUCAUUAAAAUUUAUAUUGCAGUAUUAGUUUGGAAAAAAUACGAUCUGCCCUUAAAUAGCAGCAUAUAUUUAAGAUUAAAAAAGUUAUUUGUAAAUAUAUUAACCGCCAUAUAUAGUAUUGGUAAAACGAUACAACUUAAUGCAUAAUAGUUGAAUACAUGUAAACGUAGGGGCAGUUUAUAUUACUAAGUAAAAAUGUGCAAUUAAAUCCAAAUAUCAUAUUUCUAUGCAUAAGCACUUGUAGGAGAACACAUAUUAUCAACACUUUCAAAUAUUUACUACUAUAUUUAUAUAAAACUAAUACUAAGCACGUCGUCAAUUUAAACAUUAAUUAACAAUACACAUUUAAUAUCACAUACAUAUGAAAAAUACACAUUUAAAUCAGGCUAAAUUAUUUAAAAAAUAUGUAUACAAUAGCAAGUUCAACAGCCAUUUUAAAUUAAAACAUCUUUAAGAUGAUAAAGCAAUAAUAGAUUAAGUAUGUAGUUGUAGAUGCAAAAGCGAAUAAAAAUUAAAUGAUUAAAGAAAAAUA